AGCUGCCUCUGGAAGGAGCUGGAAUCAAUCUGAAGCUCCCAGGACUGAAAGACAGACCCCUAGAGACUACAGAGAUUGGAGGGAAGGCAGGAGGAAGAGAGAAAGAGCAAGAAGGAAAAAGAAGAACGAGGGAGGAGUGAAGAAGAGAGAGAAGGAGGAAGGGACUGAGAGAGAGAGAGAAAAUCCUUGAGGUGGUACACUACAAUGAACCAGAUUAUUUCCUACUGGGGUUGUCCUUAUGAAGAGUAUGAUGUUGUGACAAAAGAUGAUUAUGUCCUCAUAAUUUACAGGAUUCCUCAUGGAAGAGGAUGGCCAAGGAGAACAGCUCUGAAGUCUGUUGUGUAUUUGCAGCAUGUCUUAAUUGCAUCUGCCGGUAACUGGAUUUGCAACCUGCCCAAGACAAGCUUGGCUUUCCUUCUGGCAGAUAAUGGUUAUGAUGUGUGGAUGAGGAACACUCAAAGAAAUACCUGGUCCAGAAAACACUUCAAAUUUUCAGCCAAGUCACCAGAAUUCUGGGAUUUCAGUUUAGAUGAGAUGGAUAAAUAUGAUCUUCCAGCCAUAAUCAAUUUUUUUGUAGAGAAAACCAGACAGGAGCGACUCUACUGUGUGGGCCACUCCCAGGGCUCCAGCAUUGCUUACGUAGCAUUCUCUACAAAUCCAGAGGUGGCUAAAAGGAUCAUGAUACUUUUUGCAUUGGCUCCAGUCAUCACAGUGAAAUAUACUCAAAGUCCUAUGAAAAAAUUAACUCUUUCCAGAAAAGUAGUCAAGAGUCACUUGGAUGUGUAUUUGGCACAGAGCCCUACAGGAGCGUCUGUUCAGCACAUGCAGCCCUGGGCCCAGGCUGUUAAUUCUGGUCUGUUCCAAGCUUUUGAUUGGGGGAAACCCGAUCGGAACUUGAUGCAUUUCUGCUGGGGACCUGAGACAUGCUUCUAGCCAAAAGAAUUGGCAAAGGUGAUGGGAUAUCACACCCUUGGUUAGAUUAUGUUUAUGGCAAAUGUGAUGGGAUGUCACUUCCAGAUUACAUU